UAUAGUGGGACACCAGUCGGAAGUGUUUUUUUUUUCCUUUCUUUUCCAAACUCGUGAGUAGUGUUGUUGUGUUUAUGUUUGUGGACUAAGCUGGAAUAAGGCUGUGUCGUGUCUUCGUGUCCCAGAUAAAUAUUUGAGCUGUUGAAGUAACAAUGUCUGGAGGCGAGAGUUUGAAAACAUUGAUCAUCGAGCGACUAACUGCUGCUGCUGAAGAAAUAUUCGGACUAUUUGAAAAAACUGUCGUUCAGUACGAGGAAGAGAUCGAUCGUCAUCGCAGGCGGCUGGAUAUCGCCUGGAAACCAGAGAUAAAGUUACACAGAAUAGACCUACCACAGCAACAUGUCUGCACAGAGGAGGAGGUUCCCACUGACCAGCAGCUCUGUAACCAGGAGAGGAAUUCCAGUUUGGAGGAACCUGAACCUCCACAGAUAAAAGAGGAACAGGAGGAACCAGAACCUCCACGGAUAAAAGAGGAACAGGAGGAACCAGAACCUCCACAGAUUAAAGAAGAACAGGAGGAACUCUGCAGUAUUCAGCAGGAAGGACAUCUUAUACUGAACCAGGAGACUGGUUCCCCAGAUCACAUAGGAAGCAAGCAUGUAGACUCAGGAUCAACAACAAAUGCAGAGCUGGAUCCAAAGGAGAGACGUCACAGAGACGCAAGUCACACUAGCAAUGUAGACAACUCUCCUGUGUCAGAGAGUCAGUGCGGUACUGACACAGGUAAAAAGUCUGUAACAUGUGAUGUCUGUGGAAAAGUCUUUAAGUACAUGCAUUUAAUGAAGAGACAUUACCGAUUUCACACAGGUGAGACACCUUAUCAUUGCAACACAUGUGGUAAACGUUUCACGCAGAGUAGCAGUUUGAUUUUACACACCAGGAUUCACACAGGCGAAAAGCCAUACGGUCGCAAAGCAUGUGGUAAACAUUUCAGUCAAUAUAAUGAUUGUCAUACAGGUGAGACGCCAUGUGGUUCUGAUACAUGUGGUAAGACCUUCACUCAAAGUAAUAACUUAAAGAAAUACUUGAGGACUCACGCAGAUGAGAGGCCGUACCUUUGUAAAGUAUGUGGUAAAACAUUUAUGAACUGGUCAUCAGUUCGAGAUCAUAUGAUAAUCCACUCAGAUGAUAAGCCAUUCUCUUGUGAGACAUGUGGGAAACGUUUCAGUCAGAAUUAUCCUUUGACUCUGCACAUGAGGAUUCACACAGGUGAGAAACCGUUCCCUUGCAAAGCAUGCGGGAAACGUUUUAAUCAAAGUGGUUCUUUGAAUAAGCACAUAAGGACUCAUACGUCCACUCCUGGUUCAAAAAGCAGACUGGCUCACUUCAGCCAUUCUGAAUCCUACAUUCAGUAUUAG